GAGCGCGAGAGAGAGCGCGAGAGAGGGAUCUUCUUGCUCUUAGCAAGUAGCAGCUGCAGCAGCUGCAAGCUGGUGUUCUUUCUUUUUUGUUUAUUGGUUGGAGGCAGAGAGAGAGAGAGAGAGAGACAGAGACAGAGACAAGGGAGAAGCAAUAAAGAUUUGAGUGGUUCAAAACAUGUAUCAUCCAUCGUCCUCGUCUUCCUCCUCCCACUCCCAGAAAUCUAUGGGCUCGAGCGGUGGUGGUGGUGGGGGUGGUGGUGGUGGUCUUACCCGCUACAGCUCGGCUCCAGGGUCUCUCUUGGCUAACGCCGUCGAUUCCGUCAUUGGCAACCCCAACAGCGGCCGCGGCGACUUCUCCGCCCUCGGUUCCUCCUCCUCCUCCUCCGUCCAGCCGCCCCGCCACCACCACCACCCGCACCCGCACCCGCACCCGCCUCCCCCGCCGUCCUUCUUGGGCCACUACUUCUCCGCGGACUCCUCCUCUCUGACCUCCGAGUCAACCUGCAAAGUCAACUCCUCCAACGGCGACCACCAGCAACCCCCCAAGGACAACAAGACCACUGGGUUGCACGACUUGGGGGUUGGGGUGGGGUCUUCCUCCGCGUCUCCUCGUCCUUCCUCUUCUUCUCUGCUGAGGCAGAGAAGCUCCCCUGCUGGCUUCCUGUCCCACCUCACUCCUGAUACAGCAGGUUUUUCACUUACACAAGGGGCUGGAAGCUCUAAUGGUGGUCAUGGAUUUUCCAGGUUGAAGCCUCAGUUGAGCUUCACUAGACAAGAGUCGCUUUCUCAUAUUUCUGAAGUAAGUGAAAAUGGCGUCGAAGGUGUAAGCCCAGACAAUGGCCACCAUGGCGCUACACAUUCCUAUGCCACUACAAGCUUUGGCAUAGACUGGGAGAACAGUAACUCCAUCGUUUUUUCUCCGCCCUCAGGAAAACAUGCCAAGAAUGUCGAUGGAGAUAUGUACAGCUUUAACCCCUUAGAAACUCAGUUUAGCUUGCCCCAGACAACUCUUGAGAUGGCCACCGUAGAGAAGCUCCUCCACAUUCCUGAAGACUCAGUUCCCUGCAAAAUUCGUGCUAAGCGUGGCUGUGCAACUCACCCCCGAAGUAUCGCUGAACGGGAAAGAAGAACUAGAAUAAGUGGGAGGCUGAAGAAACUGCAGGAGCUUGUCCCUAACAUGGAUAAGCAAACGAGCUAUUCAGACAUGCUUGAUUUGGCCGUUCAGCAUAUCAAAACUCUUCAGAAUCAGGUUCAGAAGCUUCGCCAAGAUCUUGAGAACUGCACAUGCGGGUGCAAGCCAGGCUCAUAGCAUUUGCGGAUGGAAAAUGAUGAUGCAAGGUUUUGAAGCAAAAGGCGGCGGCGUUGCUGGAACCUAGCAGAACUAAUUUUUGUCAUGCUGUCAAGUUAGGCCGAAUAACGCAGAUUAGUGGAGAACUCAGACGUGUACAUAAUUACAGUUUGAGUGUUUCAAGGUAGCCGAUUGGGAAACUAAGUUGAUCUAGUUUAAUUUCGUUCUCCUAGCGGAUCGUGUAAAAUAGAGUUUAUUUCAUCUUCGGCCUUUUGUUAAAGCAUCAGACCCUCCUUUUUCCUUAAUAAAAUUUGGUCAAGUUUUGUCA